AUGCAGGUUCAACGCGAUGAGGACGAGAUAUCAGACGCCGUAAGAUCAGAUGAUAGUUCCAUGGCCGACCUACAAGCAAUACUCAAGCUACUCCCGGCAUGUCAACGGUGCCGCAAAAACAAAAAGCGAUGUGAUCUCCAACUGCCAGCAUGCCAGAAUUGCACAAAAGCGGAAGAAGAAUGUUUUUUCCUGGACCUCAUCACGAACGAAAGACUGCCACGACAAUACGUUGCUUCCCUAGUUGACCAUAUCAAAGCCCUCAAAGCUAAAAGGGGCCAUAAAUCGAGCGGCGAUGACGAUGAUACCGUGUCCGCGCACCUCGUGCCGGCUCUCUCUGCCAUUUCCCAUCACGAACCCAGUCCCGCCUUAGAGCUUCCUGUCAACUUCACGAACGGUUCGUCCGUGAGCUCGGAGAUGCACACGUUCUUGAUGGAGAGAUACUUCCAUGUUAUCCACAAGGUAUAUCCGGUUUUUGAUUGGCCCUCGGAGUUUUUCAUUGUCACAUCGCAGACCUAUGGCAGCAACCGAUUCCUCUUGCUCGUGCUCCUUUCGGAUGAACUAUAUCGACAUGCAGUGGCACAUGCUGAGGACGUCAUGUCCCAAAUCUCGGUAGAGGCUCUCCAGGCCGUUUUAUUACUGGCUCUACGCUGUCUCUUCGAUCCACGCAAAGGAUCUUUGGGUCAAAUGAUUGCCUUCUCAAAGUCUUUGAUGACGGAGUUGGCAAGUCGCGGGGUUCUGGAGAAUUCUCCCUUGGAACUACCAUUACGAUGUAUGCUAUCCUGUCUCGAUAACUUGGUUGGCUCGGCCCUGGAUAGACCCUCAGGACGUCCAGAAAUGGACAUGUCACAAGCAUUAGACCUAUCGAAUCAAACGGCCUUCUUGACCGCGCAAUAUCACGAGCAAUGGAAGUAUCGCAACAGCCGCACUACGGAAGUUCAAGACACAGCAGCAUUCGAUAAACCGGUCGAUCAAAACUGGUCUCCAAUCACCCAAACUGCGCGCUGCGAAACACGGUUUUUGGUAGAUACAACUACAAAAAGUGCACUGGAGCUCCUGCACGAAUACUGUCGUCCCAAUACCAUCUUUACGGUCUUCACUGCGCACUGGACUUACAAGGCAUCGCUGUGGCUUUAUCAGGAAGGGGGGCCCCAGAUUUCCUGGUAUCCUCUGGCCUUGAGGACGCUCGAGCGAUGUUCGCUCAAAUGGCCAGAAUCGGGAGCGCUCAUGGAUUCUUUGGCUCGUAUGUCGUCAGCAAGGUCCUAUGCUGGAAAUAUUGAUUGA